UCCGUGCUUUUGUGUUGAUGUGUUUAAGUAAAGUGUAUUUUGCCCUCAAAGAGGAUUGAUAUCUCAAUAUAAGUCCUUUCAUGUUUUUUAAAAUUAAUUCCAGGUCUUAUAUGGGUUUUCAGCAAAUGAAUAUGAUAUUCAUGUCCAAAACCUGAGAAGUAUACUUCUCAUAAAGUUAAUGUUUCUUCCAUUUGUAGAGUGCUCAGUCUGUGCCUACAUAUUACUUUGAACUCAAGUUUUAGUAUUUGCUUUCAUAAUAAGAAAGCUACAGAUAAAAAUUAAGCCUACUGGAGACUUUUGAGAAAUGUGUUCAUAGCUCUUGUUUUUUCCUUCUAGAGGUAGUCAACUACUUCUCUUCUCAUCAAUGGCAAGAUGUUCCACACAAAUACUUCCACUUUCCACCCAGACACCUUUUUUCUCACGGGCAUCCCAGGAUUUGAGGGUUUCCAUGGCUGGAUCUCCCUACCUUUUUGCUCCAUUUACUUAAUGGCUCUGUUAGGCAAUGUUACAAUUUUGCUGAUCAUCUGGUCUGACCGUACUCUGCGGGAUCCUAUGUUCUACUUUCUAGCCAUCUUAUCAGCCAUAGAUCUGACCCUCUCCACAUCGUCAGUGCCCCGAAUGCUGGGUAUCUUCUGGUUUGAUGCACAUGAAAUUGGUUUUGGAGCCUGCGUGGCUCAGAUGUUCCUGAUACACACCUUUACAGGAAUGGAGUCUACUGUUCUGUUGGCCAUGGCUUUUGAUCGCUAUGUGGCUAUCUGUGUACCACUCCACUACACAACCACCCUGACACCCCGGGUGCUAGCAGGCAUUGGUGUGGGCAUUAUAAUGCGUCCUGUCCUGCUCAUGUUGCCCAUUCUCUACCUAACCCAUCGUCUGCCCUUUUGUGAGACUCGAAUUAUUGCGCAUUCCUACUGUGAGCACAUGGGCAUUGCCAAGUUGGCCUGUGCCAGCAUUCGAGUUAAUGCCAUUUACGGGCUUUUUGUGGCUUCUUUUCUUAUUUUGGAUGUGGUACUUGUUGGAAUCUCUUAUGCCUACAUCCUCCGUGCAGUUUUCCUCCUCCCAUCUCGAGAUGCUCGUCACAAAGCCUUGAGCACAUGUGGGUCACAUGUUGGGGUCAUGUGUGUUUUCUAUACACCGUGUCUCUUCUCCUUCCUCACCCACCGGUUUGGCAAGAAAAUUCCCCAUUAUGUUCACAUCCUUGUUGCCAAUCUCUACGUAGUCUUCCCACCUGCCCUCAAUCCUAUUAUCUACGGUGUGAGGACAAAGCAGAUUCGUGAUCAACUGAAAGAGUUCCUAAUAGCCAAAGCUGGCCAGUGUGAAAAAAUAAAGUAGUAUUGGAUUACGGUCUAAAGUAUAAAAUAAAUAUUAGAGCCCAUACUGAUAAAAAUAAAUGAUUGAAUACAUAAACAACUAAGGGACUAGAUUAACUCUCAUGCAAAAUAUUCCCAAACAAUAUUAUGAGGAUGCUCCAUUCUAAAGGAGGUGGAGCGUAACUACUCACUGUUUAAUUUGUGGGCUACACAUUGCAACUUACUGCCAAAGAGUAAACUUGGAAAUGGGGGAGAGAGAGAGAAUCCUGACAAACACAUCCUCAGCCAGGUGAUGAAGCUUAAUAUCAAUAGUGAUAAACUAUGUUGAUAGCAUAUACCCUUGAUAUGUUUUGACAUAAGUAAUAGUAUACCUCAUUGAUCUUCUCCAAUAAUAUAACUUUAGUCUAAUCAUGGAGGAGAUAAUCAUACUAAUCUCAAUUAGGGGAUAUUUUACAAAAACCUAACUAGUACUUCUAAAAACUGUAAAGUCAUCAAAAUUAAGAAAAGCCUGAGUAGUAACUGUCACUGUCAAGAGAACCUAACAGAACUAACUAGGUAUCACUAGUAACUGUAAUUUGGUAUCCAGGUACAACUAAGGGAAUCUGAGUAACAUAUGAACUUUAAUAAAAUAUGAACUUUAGUUAAUAUUGGUUCAUUAAUUAUAAAAAAAUAACCAUAUAAUGUAUAAUUUUACUGGUAGGGGAUCUUGGGCAGGAAGGCCAGCCUGGUACUGCAAGAGGAGGCAGAACAUUGUCCUUGGGAAGGUAGCCCAGGUUAUAUUUUUAUACUUGUGGAAGGUCUCCCAUGAAAAAGUUGAGAUAGGCAGGGCAGUUCAGCACAGUAGACACUGAGGAGAGUUUUGGGAAGUUGUGCCAGGUAGUACCAUUUACAGAUAUAUCACAGAUGAAAGGCCCCUUUAUUUUCAGCUGCCCCACAGAAAGCAAGCACCCAGGCACUCUAUGGUAUGGUGGACUUCGCUGCAAAUGUUAGCCUGGGUGAAUGAUCAGAACCCAGAACCAUGGAAAUGGUUGCAAAUCCACAGAUACAAAGGAGAGGACUGACUUUCUCUCUGGAUGUUAACAGAAAAGAAGCUUUCACCAAGUAGCCUCAAAAGUCUGACCUUCACAUUUAUGAUUCUCUUUAAUUAAACUUUAAACCACUGAAAUUUCCAGUUUCAAAUGGAUGUACUUAUUACCAGAUCAUCAGCAUGAUUACCAGGUAUCAUCAGCACAACAACAGAGUUGAGAUACAGUCUUAGAGAAUGACAGGUUGUAUUUGCCAUGUUUUAAUUCCAACACCUUUUCCUAGCCAAAAAUAGUUCCCUGAAAUUCACUUGCUUUUGCUUUGUGUAACC